GCAUAUGUGUGUUUUCACCAUCACUCCAAUAUGAUGAUGCUAAGGCAUUCAUAGCCCAACAAUCGCAUUGAUGUAGCAGCACCAUGGUUACUCUCAAUGUGGGCUUGUGGGCUUUCGGUUGAAUGUUCUUACCUGAACCGCCACGUUUUUCUAUCGAGCUUGUCCCGUGGUCAUUUAGAAAGAUCAGGAUGUUGUCCAUAUCCUCCAUAAGCCUCUUUCCAUUCAUUUCUCGAGUCCUAGUCAUAAUCGCACAUGCAGCGGGGUCGUGUUGUAGAAGCCGCCCAGUCAGCAACGAUAUCUGGAACUGUUAUACGGCAUGCCGGUCGUCGUCUGGGAUCAUGAACAAUCAUCGGUGUUAUUCUUUCUACAUGAUGUUCUCUGAAACCCCCAUGCAGAUACUUUGUCGCUAUCUCCAUACGAGCGGCAUAUGCAAGUUUCUCUACGUGCUAUGCCUCUUUUUCAUCGCUCCUACGGACCCUUAGGCCGGUGAGAAGUGUCCUUAUAUUCAAUAGACGCCAAGCGAAUGAUAAG